AGAGGAAAGAAAAAAAAAAAGACAAGGAAAAAUGGUGAAAACACACAUUACGGUUGUUAGCGUUAGAUGAUUGCUAUUCUUUGCCUUCAUGAACUGAUACUGGGCACUAAUAAAAGGAAGCUGUUGCUUUGCAGCAAAUUGGACUUCAAAACCUGCCAGGAGAUCUUCUGCUGUAUUAUUAGUAAUCAGGGACAUAGGAGACUGUCCAUUGAUGUUGUUGGUACAGGUCAUUGCUACUUUGGUGAAAGUAGCACUUGCAGCUUGAUGACUAUUGUCCCUUCUAGGAGCAAAGACCAGUAAGGAGCUUUUGCUCUUCCAGUGGAUGCUACAGAUCUGUCUGAAGGGACACACUAACAAGAUUGCUGAAGAAAUACCCAGUGUAAAACUAGCAGUCUGAAAUCUUUAGCUUGGAUGGAAAAGCCUGUUUUCUCAUCUGAGAUUCCUGCAUCGCUCAUUCUGGUUUUUGGCUGAAGAAAAAGAAAUCAAGAAAAGAUGGACUGGAAUGUAAGACCAUUCCAGAAUGCUGAUGCAAAGAAAAACCUACAAAGUGAAGAAGCAUGUUACACUCAGUUGCUUUCUAAUGCACAUGCUUUUCCUCAGACAAAUGCCUAUUCCUCUAAAAAUGCAUGCACUUAUGCUGGAAAUAACCAAAUGGUGUAUCUGCCAACUAGCAAUGUUGCCUUCCCUUUUGUAAAUGCUGAAGGAUUCAAAACUUCAGAUCAGGCCUUACCAGGAGCAUCUGUAGCUGGUAAUGAUUUUUUUAUCUCGAAAUACUCAGUUGAUCGACGUCCACCAUCCUGUGUACCAAUAGCUCCAAAACCUACCAAUCAGACAUCACGUUUGCGGGCAGAGAUGACUCAGACUUCUUGGCCAAACUCUAAUGCCUACGUUUAUUCCCUUACAAAGUUACCUCCCUUGUCUUCUCAGAUGAAUGCUGGAAAUAAUGUGAGGAAUGUACUUCGGGAACCUCAGUAUGUCACUACAAACAGUUACACUGUGCAGCCACAAAUACCACAGCAUAAUUCUAUGAGAACUACAAUGUUAUAUCAAAGCAACAUUCAUUCCCAGAAUAAUUCUAUGUCUCUUGGUACAUCUGGGCAACAUGUCCAAAACCAAAUAUAUCAUCCCAACACUCAGUUGAAAGUUUUACACUCACUGAAUCAAAAUACUGAAGCAAAUGUACAGCUGCUACAAUAUCGACCAAGUCAGAUGGGAUCAGAAGCUCCUAGCAGAUGUUCUGCACCGUCUUUGUUGCCUGCCAACUGUGAUUCAAGAGCUGCAGCACGAUCUUCAAUAGGUAUACCACAGGCAGUUCAAAAUGUGCCUAAUGGAUACACCCUUAGCCAACAGAGGCACCAGUCAGAUCCAAAAAAUGCUUCUGGUUUUAACAGUGUUCAGCAACACUGUCAGAAACAGCAAUCUGGAGAAGUUGGUCAAUCAGCUAGGAAUGUCUGUAAUUCAAGUGGAAAUUUGACAGCAAAUCAGCCUUUUAAUGAAAAGUCUGUGCCAUCCCCUGGCAUUUCCAAAGAACUGUAUGAUAUUGUGCAAGAAAUGGAAGCUCUUUCUUCAGUGGCUGCUUCAAAGCCACUGAGUGAUCCUGCAUCAGUUCAAGAAAGCCAGACUAGUAGUUUAAUGAAUGGGCAUGUUAAUUCUCAAAUUUCUUCAGCAGCAGCAGCAGAUGGAAGAACAAUUACGAAGGACAGACUAGCUUGGGAAGCUCAAAGGCUGCUCACUAUUAAAAAAAAAUGUGUCCUGCUUGAAAGGAUGCAUCAUUAUAGAAGAAAACUAUUAGCAGCUUCAGAACAUGACAAAAGUACUCCCCCACUUCCUCCAAGUUAUCAAGAUGCUCUUGCUAAUUGUCUUCUGUUGGUGCCCAACCGAAAUGUACCACCUUCACCAUCUGAAACAGCGAGGACAGUGUGUCCAAUACUUAACUCUUCACCUGAAGAAAGACACGACAAAAACAUAGCCAGUGCUGAUAACAGAGGAUUGGAGGUGACUCAAAGUAACCCUCAGGUGGAGCAGGGAAGCCUUUCAUCAAGCUCUGCUCCUAUUCCCUCUCAGAGCAAACUCCCAGCUCAAUUAAAUAAUCCUGAGAGCAUUCCAGUCUCAGAACAAAGGGAUGCACAUGCCUUGGCCUCUUCUCAAAAAACUGUGACAUCCUUGAAGAAUGCUUCAUGUUUUAGUCAAGUGGAUAGGUCUAUCAAAAUUGCAUCAAAGAAUGUGCCAGUUAACCCCAAGAACUCAUCAUUUCUUCAGUUUGUAUUGAGCAGCACAAAUAUAUUGAAAGAGAAGACAGCUGGUGCUACUGCUGAUAAAAUACUGACUAGUCUCCUGUGUAGUGAAAAACCACUGGUAGAUACAUCUGUCUCGGGUGGAAGCUUACUAAAAGACACUAGUGAGAAGAAAGUAGAAAGUUUGAAAGGUGAGCAGGCAGUUAUGGUUCACACAAACUCUCCUGUAUCAGAAAAAAAUAAAUCUGGUGAAGCUAAAUUCCAGAGUGAUGUAGCUCAGAAAAAAAAGCCAUUUACUGAAAAUACAUCUUUUAAACAGAGCAAUUAUAGUUACUCUGUGGAAGAGCUAACUGCAUGCCUGGGCUUGUGGAGAAAGCAUCCGUCGGAAUCUGUAACUGUGCAAAAUAGCCAGUCAAAUGAAAGUUCCACAGCAAAUCAGAUGCCACCUUACAGCCAAAACACAAAAAAUAGAGAACAAAAUGAUGUUCUGGUUGGUACAGAUGAAGCAAUCUUGCCUAUAACAACUGCUUCUGUAGGACAAAAACUUGACACAUUGAGUUGCAAUUUGAUAAAAAGUUUUGAACUCCAAGUUGCAGUUGUCUCUCCGUUAGUACUUUCUGAACAGAGAACACAGAGUGAGCAGGCAGACAAAUGUCCAACAUCUGCAGGUAAAAACUAUCCAGUGAUUGACUCAGGAAGCACAUGUAGCUUGCAAGAACAGGGGAAAAUUGCUUUAAGUGCAGUAAAUACUGAUAAAGGAACAGUAGAAACUGCUUGGUCAUCACCUGGUGAUUGUGUUCAGGUACAGAAAGCGGACUCAUAUUUGCAGCAGACCAAAUUAGCUGAUGGAAACAGAAUAGUAAAAAACAGUGUGAGUGCAAAUGAUUCAUAUGAUGAAAACCAAAAGAAAGUUAGUCAAUCUGCACAAGAUGCUAGAGAAGAUCUGCAGCUUGGAUUACAAAAUAAGCCUUCUCUUCCUGAAUUGGGGCAUAAAGACAAGCAAGCUGUGUUAGAGACAGGAGAUACAUCCACAGCUGUUUUGGAAGAACAGAUGUUUUGUAUUUCUAGUGUAUGUUCUCUUGUUGAAGGUGAUACAUUUUAUAAUCCACAAAUAGCAAGUAUCUUCAGGUCGGUCCCUGAGACACAUGCAUUAAAUGGUGCCUCAUCAGAAGGAAAUGCGUCUGACCCAAGGCAAAAGGAACAACAGCUGGACUUGUGUAAAAAUGAGCUGAGCAAUAACACUCCCCAAAGAGACAGCUUGCUGCAAAAGAUGUUGGAAGAAUCAUCAAGCUGCAUGAGUGAAGCAGGUAAGAUUUGGGAUGGUAUCAUAGCUAGUCAUUUGGAGAAAGAAAGCAGUGGCAGUCCUCAUAAAACAGUUUCUACCUCAGAACAAAAAACGGCAUUCAAUGCAUCUUUCAAGCAUCCUGAAAAUGACUUGGAAAUUCUUGCUAGUGUAAACCAGCAGUUAGCUCAAAAUUCACUAGAUUUCUCGAUCAGUAUAACUGCUGAAAGAAAUGCGUUUACUGUUCCAAGAGACAACAGCGAACAAAACUACAUGUCCAGUAAAAAUAGCACAGAAAAAGAGAUGAACCUUUUUGGAGCAGAACCUAUUGAAUGUCUAAACAAUCAGCUGUCGGAACUAGUGAAAGAGUUUCCAUAUGGCAUUGAGGGUGCUGAUACGCUAACAAAAGAACCAGUACAAAAUGGUUUUGUGGCUGAGUGGAUGGAGAAUCAACCUCAAAAAGAGACUCAGAUUUGUGACAAGAAUUCUCAUUUGAAGGACCCAGUAGAUCAGAUAAAAAUUGCAGUGUUAAGCUCUGAUCAGCUGCAAGAACUGUUUCCUGAACACAACCGGUGUUCCUCUAGUGACAGCAAAAGAGUAGCGAGUCAACAGUCAGAAGAAGCUUCAGCUGAGGAGGAGAACCUUGAAGGCACUAUUCAGCCUAGUCAAAGUCUAUGUGAGAAGGAAAAAAACGACCAAAAAACCUCCAACCCCAGGGAAAAAAAAGAAGAUUGUUCUUUAACGGGUUGGCUAUCUGUAGCAUGUAAAAUGCCACAGUGCCCCUGUGUAUUUGGAACGUGUGGUUCAGAGAAAAAUGAUGAUCAGCUUUCAAAAGCUGAAAAUACUAGCUCUGCAGAGGGACAAGAAAACAACAGUAAAUCGGAUGCCGUAAUGAAGAACUGUGCAGACGGAAACCUGCUAAUUUCUGAAAAAAUCCUAAACAGUGUUGGCAAAAAUAAAAAAUAUAUUUGCAAAGACAUCUCUGUAAUGAACAAAAAAGUUAGGCUAAAGGAGAAUAAUGAAUACAAACUGCUUACAACACAACAGGAAAAAAUUGGACCACUUAAUUCUUCUGAAAACCAGGAUGUUGAUAAAUCUAAAAAGAGCAGCUGGAAGGAAGAGCUGCAAAUCGACAGAAGAAUCCCAUUGUUAGGCAAAGAAUUUCAUUCUGACAAAAAAGAAAAUCAGGCAGCCUCAGAAGAGUUGUCAGAGAAAGCUGGUCAUACAAAUGCAGACAACAUGACAAAGUCGUCCAAAAAGAGAGAGAGAGUUUUCAAAAUGGAGUCCCUUUCAAAAGAUAAAACCAAAACAGGUUUGGCCGUGAAAUCCAAAACAGACGUUCACAAAUUUAUCAAGUCAGAAACUGUUGAAAUUAAGCAUGCUGAAAUCAAUCAAGGACAAAAUAAAACCUGUGAAGAGAACUCAGCUGAAGAACAGAACUGUAGGAAACAAAAGGAGAUACUUGGGCAAGUUGUAGGAAUUAACAUCAAAGAGAAAGCCAAAUUAUCAGCAGAAAUAAAACAUAAAAAGCUGAAUAGUUAUCGUGCUGAUGCUAUAAAGUUCCCAAAUUUUGGCAGCGUAGACUUAAAAUCAAGAAACCCCAAAUAUUGUCAGCAUAAAUCUAUGAAAGUUCAUCCUUCACAGGAGCAGUCGUACAAACGGAAGAGGAAGGAAAAUAUGAUUGGGAAGAGAGACCCUAAGAAAACAAAGGUAGAAGAGGAAAGACUGAAACAAGCUGAAGCAAAGAAUUCCAAGCAGCUUUCACAUAAUUGCAUGAUAAAUACUGAGAAAGCAAAAAAAUUGAAUGGAGAAAAUGGCUGGAAACCAAAGAGUUCAUUAGCAGAUCGCUCUGUGCUUAAACUACAGAGAAAAAGGGCUCGAUCUUCUACCAUCUCUAAAAACUACUUUUCUAACAAAGAGAGACGUCUCGAUGGUCAAAACAAAGACAAGUACUCUGAGAAAAUGUUUCCUGAUAAAAACCUGCUAUACUUCAAUAGAAGAAAUAACAGAUUAAAAUUGCAUCUUCAAAAGGAACCAAAAAAACACUACCUGAACAGAGUUGCAUUUAAAUGUACGGCACAGGAACGCAUAUAUCUGACAAAACUAGAGACAUCACCUGUCAGACCUGUCUGGCAUAUGAAGCCCAAAGUAUCACAAAACAGCCCAGAUGUGAAAAGAGAUGCGUCUGUCUCAGAAGUUGAGAAAUCAUGUAAUCUGAAAGUACUUGAAUUUAAGCUGUGUCCAGAGAUACUGUUCAGAAAUCCAACCACUGAUGAAGAAAGCUUGGCUGCAAAGAAUUCCCUGGAAAGAGAGAAAGCCAUUGUGGCAGGUGUCAAGAGUAAAAAAGAAGAUUGGUUAAAAUGUGAUCCAGUGAAGCAAAAAAAGCUGGAAGAGAUGUCUACAGCUGAGGACAGUAUUCCACUUGAUACAGCUAUACAGAUCCUGGAUGGAGAUGGCGAGGCUCUUCACAUUCCAAUCAAAGACUCAAAAGAAGUGUUUCAGACCUACAGGAAAAUCUAUCUGGAAAAAAAGAUGCAAAAGCCUUGAUAGCACUCCUGUAUCAUAGGUCUUACUCAGUAUCACUAGGGAAAAAAAGCCAACACUAAAAUGCUUUUUCCUGUUUACUUCAUAUUUUUGAAUAAUUGUAAAAAAAAUUUUUUGGGGGGGUUUUGGCAUUUUUUUCCCCCUAUUUGCCUCAUUUUUGUGAAUGACUGAGAUCUUAUUCUGUAUUUAUUGCACAAAUAUGCUUUGGUGCUGAAAAUGCCAUUGUCAAAUGUAUUGUUUCUUUUUGGCGUAUUUGAAUCUUUUUUUUAAAGAUACAGGAGUUAGUUGAACCUUGACCAAAAAACCUCAAACUCAUUUAAACUGUCAUAGUCUGUUUUCUUUUCUGAUUCUGGAAGACUUCUACUUGUGGUACUUUCCAUUGCUGGCAGUGGAAAAAUAUUCCUACUGGAAAGGGAUUGCAGUGAAUUCCUAAGCAUUACACCUUUAUUUUCUACUUACGCUAGUCUGAUUGUUGUGCUUCUAAUAUGGCUUUCUAUUUUUGUAGAAACUUUUUUUUUUAAACUGGGAAUACAAAUAUAAAACCCUCGAACAUACAGAUCGAGGGAUACCAUAAUAUGCUGCUACCCAGUUUUCUUACAUUUCUUUUUGUGGAACUUGUACAAAUUGAAUUCUCAGUUCUUUAUCUGAACACAAUGCUGUAAACUGAUAGUUGACUGAAGACUUCUCUUGUUUUUCUCUCUCUCUCUCUGCUUUCUUUACACUUGAAAGAAAAGUGUGAUUGUUGAAGUGCAGGGAGUUUGAAUUCCGUCUUGUCUGGACUAUGUUGCUCACUUUAACCAGACUGUAAUUAAUUUCUUUGUUUAUAAAGUGUUAGAUAAUGUUUGACUACACAUUCACUGUGACAUAAGAGUUAUAUUUGUUGCUGGAUAUCUUUUGUUUAAGUGCCUUUUCAUUAUUGUUCAGAAUUUUGAAUUGAAUCAUAUUUUUUCAGAAAUUUGGUACUUGAUUCUUUCUAUCUGUUUAAACCUUUAUACUGAAAGUAAAAACUCUGUAGAUAUUUCAUUAAGCAAUUUUUAUACUUGAAAUAAACUUUUGAAGGCUA